UUAGAUGUAAGUUAUGAUUAUCUUAAAGGAAGGUCACCAAAAAAAUGUCUAGUGAGAGUUUCAUGUCAGAUAAGGUUAAUAAAGUAGCCUUUUAAAAAGUGAUUGCGCUAUCUCUUCGAAGAGUUACGGUAAUGUAGCAUUAUGGGGCUGCUGAGAGCUGCAUGUGUGUUUCUUUUCAGGAGUCUCACACAAACAACCAUGGCUCAACACAAAUUCAUUGAUAUCGGUGUGAACCUGACAGACCCCAUGUUCAGAGGUCUCUACAGAGGGAAGCAGAAACACGACGAUGACUUCGAUCAGAUCAUCGACAGAGCGCUCACAUCUGGGGUUGAAAAGUUUAUGAUCACAGGAGGAAACCUCGAGGACAGCAAGGAGGCCCUGAAGCUAGCAGAGAGCAGAGACGAGUUUUUCUGCACGGUCGGCUGCCAUCCCACCCGCUGCAGUGAGUUUGAGCAGAAGGGAGAAGCUGAGUAUCUCUCAGGGCUGAGGGAGCUGGUGACGGCGCACAGAGGGAAGGUGGUGGCCAUCGGAGAGUGUGGACUCGAUUUUGACCGGUUGGAAUUUUGCCCGAAGGAGACUCAACUCAAGUACUUUGAGAAACAGUUCGACCUGGCAGAGGAGACCAAGCUGCCCAUGUUCCUGCACUGCAGAAACUCCCAUCAGGAGUUCAUCGACAUCAUGAAGAGAAACCGAGACCGAUGCGUUGGAGGAGUGGUCCAUUCAUUUGACGGGUCUGCAGAAGACGCUGCUGCACUCAUCGACCUGGAUCUUUAUAUCGGCAUUAAUGGAUGUUCCUUGAAAACAGAAGCCAAUAUUGAAGCGAUGAAGUCCGUCCCAUCUGAGAGACUCAUGAUAGAAACAGAUGCUCCAUGGUGUGGUGUGAAAAACACCCACGCAGGCUCCAAACACGUCAAAACUACGUUUCCCACGAAGAAGAAAUGGGAGGCCGGGCACUGUCUGAAGGACAGGAACGAGCCCUGUCACAUCAUACAAGUUCUGGAGGUGAUGGCAGCAGCGAGGGAAGAGGAUCCACUGGCGCUGGCUAACACAAUCUACAACAACACCAUCAGAGUGUUUUUCAGCUCUAGUUGAUGAAGAACAAAGUUAAACCUUCUUGAAUUGUAAUGUUUAGGCCUUAUUUUACCUCCAAACCUGAUGGACGCUCAUUUAAAGUGGGGCUUCUGGAUGGUAAAACUCUCCCAUUGCCAAUUAAAAAAAUAAUCUAAAUAACAACUUCUUUAAAAAAGA